UCAAGCAGGGAUAAUUAAAGGAGUGGGUCACUGUUGGAAGAUAACAUCCGCGCUGCGAGGAGAUUCAAGAAGAAGAAAAACAAAGGAAAGAAAGAAAAGGGAAACCGCGUCAAAGGCGCACAACAAUAUCGUAAGGAGGGGAGAUCUGAGUCUGAGUCGGCCACCGUCAACGUUGACGUCCGGCGUUGGCAGAUGCGAGCAGUGUUUUCUUCUCCUCUCCCCGGCGCUCAGCAUCCACUUACAAUGGACGAGCUGAGCCCGAGCGGACUGUGAAGCGCUGCUGCCCAGUGAAGAGAGCGGAGCGCAGCGGAGGGGCAACAAUGCUCCGGCUCAUCAUCUAUCUGCAGUGAUCAGAAGUGGGAUUCUCUCAUCUAAUUUUUUAUUUAUUUAUUUUUUUGGUAUUUUUUUCUUCUUCUUUUUUUUUCAAGUGAGGAGACCGCUGCCAGGAUCAAGUCCACCACGCACGCCAGGGGGGAGAAACGGUUUUGUCUGUGACAGUCGACCGCGGAACCACCAUGGCCCUCUUGUGGUUUUCCAGACUCGCCCUAGUCCUCCUGAUCUUCAUCCCUCAACUGUCCGUGGGGUGCCCGUCCGGCUGCCGCUGCUACAGCCUCACGGUGGAGUGCGGAUCCCUCGGGCUCAAAGAAAUCCCACAGGGUGUCCUCUCCGUGACUGAGACCAUCUUCCUCCAGGACAACGCCAUAGUGCAGAUCCGUCUUCAGGACCUGACUCGACUGGGCAGCCUCCAUUAUCUCUAUCUUCAGAAUAAUAGCAUCUCAGCGCUGGAGCCUGGGGCGUUUCUCAGCCAGAGCCAGCUGCUGGAGCUGGCGCUUAAUGGCAACCUCAUCCACCUGGUCACCCCGGACAUGUUUCGGGGUCUGGAGCACCUCAGGAUCCUGUACCUCGCCGGGAACCAGAUCACCCGAGUGCAAGAUCACACCUUCAGGGGACUGCAGCGUCUGCAAGAACUCCACCUGCAGGAAAACAGCAUCGAGCUGCUGGCGGAGCAAGCUCUGUCUGGCUUGUCAUCCCUGGCUCUGUUGGACCUCAGCAAAAAUCACCUCCGCACCCUGGGUGCCUCGUCGCUCAAACCACUCGUCAGCCUGCAGGUGCUCCGUGUCACAGAGAACCCAUGGCGCUGUGACUGUGCCCUGGGCUGGCUGAGAACCUGGAUCAGAGAAGAUGGACAGCGUCUGCUGAGCUCUGCCGAACAGCGUCGCCUGAUGUGCUCUGAACCGCCUCGCCUUUCCCACCUAAGCCUGGUGGAGGUGGCUCCCAACAGCCUGGUGUGCAUCCCACCCGUGGUGCAACUCGAGCCUAGCCACCUGACUGUGCGACUGGGGGAGAGCCUCCGCGUCUCCUGCCAAGCCUCAGGAUACCCUCAGCCGCAGGUUACCUGGAAAAAGGCCUCCCAUGGCAAGCCCCAGUUAUCACCUCGAGGCUUGGUUCAAGAGUUGGGACCCAACGGAGAGCUCUUCAGGCCUGGGACUGGAGGAGUGGUGACAGCCCUGCCCAGCAGUGGACGGAUCAAGGUCGAGGGUGGUGGAGGAGUCCAGGGUCUAGUGCGUGGGGCUGAAGAGGGCGGCGAGAGAGACAGCUUCGAUCCGGACAUGGGCAGCGGCAUGUUAUUCCUCAGCAAUGUGACUGUAGCGCAUGCUGGGCGUUACGAGUGCGAAGCCUGGAACCCCGGUGGUGUCGCUAGGGUUACCUUUCAUCUAGCCGUCAACAUGUCCUCUUCGUCCUAUUCAUCCCAUUUCUGGCCUCGUGUGAACACGCACUCAUUUGUUUCCUCCUCAUCAAACACCUUCUAUCAGCCAGAGGUUCUGGAUGUUAGCCAGGAGCCGCUCUACGAACAAGACAGCAUGGACUUCAACGCUUUGGGUCCUGCUACCCAGACCGCUAUUGCUGUUGGCAUCUCCUUGCUGGCACUCACUGCCAUUCUCCUCUUGAUCAUGAUCUACACUCGUCACCAGCAAUACCGCAAAGAAGAAGGCGGCUCCUACUGUACGAGCAAGGAGGAGAGCAUCCUCUACGUCAACGACUACUCCGACGGACCCACCACCUUCGCGCAGUUGGAGGAGUACCGCGACGACCACGGCCACGAGAUGUACGUACUCAACAGGACCAAGCCUGUCAUGGGCUCCACUUCAUCCAGGUGUCCCAUGAUGACCGGGUUUGUCCAGCAGAAAGGUAUGAAGGAGGCCCUACUGGACCACGAAAUGGUGCAGACUCUGACCAGAUCAGGGGGAAUGGGGCUGCGCAGGAACCCAGCAGACGGAGGAGAGGGACCCCUGACAACAGACCCAGAGGAGCUCUUCCUCAGUCAGAGCCUCCUCUUCGGAUCUCAGGUUGCCUACGAGAUCCACUGCUAAGAGGUUUUACUUGUUCUCUAACGUGAAACAAUAUGACGGACUUAUUUAAAGACAUUAAAGGGAAUCACCUUGGCGCAAUGAUUUGAAGCGUCAGAUUAUUAUGCGGUCUUAAAAAGAAGAGAGAGUGAGAGUUAGCGGUUGCUGGGGGAAACCUGGAUGACAAUCAGCCUCUCAGAGAUCCUCGUGUGAUUGGUUGUAUGACAUUAAGAUGGGUGAGAGGGAUGAACAGUUAUAAUUGAAGGGAAAAUAACAACUGAACCAUACCUUUCUGUCUCAAAAUCACCCCUUUAAGGAUAAUUAAAAGUUGCUAACAUUAUCAGAAAUGGUUUGUAUGACUAACUGAAAUCCUCACAGAAGAGGCUGAGACUGUGCAGAGCGUAGAGGCAACUAACAAUACGGAUUAAAACAAUGAUUCAUAUUUUAUACUUAAUCUUUUUUUUUCUGUUUCAGGUUUUGGUUUUGUGUGUUUUGUCAGUGUUUUGUGUAAAUAUAACAAAGCUACUUUUCACUGUGAAGUACAGUUGUUGUGUGGACCUUGUUGCAGUUCCCAAUAGAAUUAGACCUACACCAAUCCUCUUACUGAAACGGCAUUGGCUUUACCCAUAUGUGUGAGUGGGCGCAGGUGGGUGGAUUGUUUAAAGAGGUUUAUUUUGAAUGCAAAUGAAAGCCUUUUUGUUUGUUUGUUUUAUUUCCACCACAGCAUUGUAUUCCUCGAUGUUAACAUGUCUUAAUUUUUCUACUUAUUAUUUAUUGUCUGUAUUUGAAUCUUUGGCAGAAUUAAUUCCAUUAACAUCAGUCUGUAAGAACCA